GUAAUUGUUGUUGUUUUCGUAGAAAAAAAUAGAAAAGAUGGUUGUUGGACGUAAAAUAUUCUCUGGCAUUUUAACAGGAAUUUUAGCAUUUAUAUUUAUUUCAAUGGGAUUGUUAAAAGUUUCUCCAAACAUAUCACAAGAAUAUCAUAAAAGACUGUAUCGAGAAUUUGUGCGGUUUUCCAAAGUACAUCCAGCUGUGCGCUUUGGUUACCAGAUUGAUCCCUUAAAAUUCAUGCCUCAGAUUGGUUACAUUGAAAUUGUCUGCGGGGUAUUUCUUUGCAUCGGCGGAAGGGUAGCUAGGUUAAUAAGUAGUUUGCUGCUGGCCUCAAUAAUGGUUGGUGCUUUGUACUUCAAGUAUGUGUUGAAGGAUCCAAGGGAGCAUUUAAUUUUCACUGGUGGAGUACUGCUGUUGUUGUUUCUACGCUUGAAUUUAUUUGUUUCUGAAGACUCGAUCAAACAAGUCAAAAAAACUGACAAAACUGAGAAUGUCAAGAAUUCUGGAAAAGAGGGAAAGAAAACUCAGUAAAUGAUAAUUACCAACUUAAAAACAAGAUUACUAUUUAUUGUUGUAACUGCUUUUAGCAUAUUUGUACUUUCAUAUUUAACGAAACAAAGAUUUAGUGCUUUGUAGAAAUGAUGUUUUUUUUUUAUAAAUGAGUGUACUUUAAAAGAGAAUGUGCACUUUUCAUUA